CAUCACGAUGAAGGAUCCGGUGAUAAAGUGACAGGAUCCAGCUGAACCCAAACGGAGCAGCUGAGCAACAGUGAACUUAUGAUCAGGCUGUGAUGCACACGGGUGACGCCGCGCUCCUGCAAGUCGCAUAACCAAAGACUGGCGUGGGAUCGGUCCCUGCUGCGCCUCAUCUGGAAUAACGUCGGGAAAAUCCAGAAAUUUCAUUAGCGGGUGUGUGUGAGUGUGUGUGCAUGUGUGUGUUUUUUUUAAGGAGGCGAGCGAGUGUUGAGAAUAAUCCCUUUUGGGCAAACGUUUCCAUCGGAAGAGGGGGGGUUUUCUGUACUUUGCAGAAGCCAGAGCAGAUUUAUUCCCAUAGAGAAUCACCAAAUAUAGGCUGUGAAAAAAAGGAACCAUGGGAAAGCAGAACAGCAAGCUGACUCCAGAGGUGAUGGAGGAUCUGGUGAAGAACACAGAGUUUAAUGAGCAUGAGCUGAAGCAGUGGUACAAAGGCUUCCUGAAAGACUGCCCCAGUGGCAGGCUGAAUCUGGAGGAGUUCCAGCAGCUUUAUGUCAAGUUCUUCCCUUACGGUGAUGCAUCGAAAUUUGCACAACACGCCUUCAGAACCUUCGACAAAAAUGGAGACGGGACCAUCGAUUUCCGAGAGUUCAUCUGCGCCCUGUCCAUCACAUCCCGUGGCAGCUUCGAGCAGAAACUCAACUGGGCCUUCAACAUGUAUGACCUGGAUGGUGACGGCAAAAUCACCAGAGUGGAGAUGCUGGAGAUAAUCGAGGCGAUCUACAAAAUGGUGGGCACUGUGAUCAUGAUGAAGAUGAACGAGGACGGUUUGACACCAGAGCAGAGGGUGGACAAGAUCUUCAGCAAAAUGGAUAAGAACAACGACGACCAGAUCUCGUUGGAGGAGUUCAAAGAGGCGGCGAAGAGCGACCCGUCCAUCGUGCUCCUGUUGCAGUGUGACAUGCAGAAGUGAGC